AUGGACUCGCCCAUCCACCGUCGACAUUUCGACCCAGGCUCGUCUCUCAUCGACCUGCACAAGGCGCUCGUCGAGAGGGACUCGACCACAGGUUCCGAAAACAAUGUAACUCCGUUCGUGACAGACUAUCUUCGGAGCAAAGGUUUCACGGUCAAGGUCCAAGUAGUGCAGGGGACCAGAGAGAAUGUAUACGCUUACAUUGGACCCUCACCACACGCCCGGGUCCUCCUGACUUCACACAUUGAUACAGUGCCACCAUACCUGCCCUAUGAGAGACGAGGAGAUGAAAUCUGGGGCCGUGGCUCGGUCGAUGCAAAGGGCUGUGUCGCAGCCCAGAUAAAUGCCGUGGAAUCGCUGCUGGCUGCGUCACAGAUCAGCAAGGGAGAUGUGGCAUUGCUCUACGUGGUAGGAGAGGAAGUUGACAACCUGGGAACGCGCGCCGCCAAUCAAGUAGGCCUCUCAUGGGAGGCAGUUGUCUUCGGAGAGCCAACAGAGCUCAAACUUGCCAGCGGCGAAAAGGGAGAGAUAGCCAUCCGUCUCACCGCCCACGGCAAAGCAGGUCACUCCGGAUAUCCAGAAUCAGGAGAGAGUGCCAUCGCCAUGCUUGUUCGAGCGCUUGCUUCGCUUGACUGUCUGGAGCUGCCGUGGAAUGAAAAGUACGGGAACACAACCAUUAACGUUGGUACCAUCGAGGGCGGUGUCUCUCUGUGUGUUAUUGCCGAGAACGCUUCUGCUGGAAUCUUUGUCAGAGUUGUUGAUCACGAUCUGGUAGGAUUGAAGCGCCAGAUCGAGACCGCUGUCCACAGUGUUGCCCCGAACGUCAAGAUCGACUUUACGACAGGUAAAGGUCCAAGCGAGAUAGAUCAUGACAUUGCAGGCAAGUCCUUCACAAUUCCCUUGACAGGCUUCGAGACGGUGGUAGUCAAUUAUGGAUCUGAUAUCCCCCAUCUGGACGGUAAUCAUAAACGAUACCUGUAUGGUCCAGGGACCAUUCUUGUCGCACAUUCCGACCACGAGCAUUUAAAAAUCUCUGAUAUGGAAUUGGCGGUGGAAGGAUACAAAGUUAUCAUUACACAUUUACUCAAAAAAUGA